GGAAUAUCCACCUCCCUUCCGGGUCUCUCUUGGCGGGCAACUAUUUUCGUCCGACUUGAGACGCACAUCUCGUCUUUUCCACCUCUGCUACAAAUACACUCGGAAUCUCACGGUCCGAUGUCAGACUACGACGACGCAGAAGGGACUUUGGACCUGGAUGCUAUGUUCCCAGAACCUCCACGUCCAAAAACUCCGCCCGCUACUGUGACAACAUACGAGCGCGACUCGUCUCGGGUCGGUACUAGCGGCUGGCGUAAAAUCGACAUCCGUCUUGUAGGUGACCACCCUCUUUGGGGUCAUUACCUAUGGAAUGCGGCACGCGCGUUUGCCACAUAUCUCGACACGCAUGAAGAACUCUACAAGGGUCGCAAUGUUCUCGAGCUUGGCGCAGGCGGAGGCCUUCCGAGUCUCGUUACAGCGCUUAACGGCGCGAGAAGGGUCGUCCUUACGGAUUACCCAGAUGCGCCGCUCGUAGAGAAUAUGAGCUACAACGCCAAGCAAAAUCUGCCUGAGGACGAGCUUUCGAGAGUAGCGGUGAAGGGCUACAUAUGGGGCACUCCAGUAGCACCGCUGCUAAGCGAGCUACCCGCCGAUAGCCAAGCUUUCGACCUGAUCAUCCUCUCGGAUUUGAUCUUCAAUCACUCGCAACAUGACGCGCUCCUUAAAACAUGCGAGCAAUGCCUGGCAAAGACGUCCUCCGAAGCGGCGUCCUCCGUCCUCGUAUUUUACUCGCACCACCGUCCGCAUCUCUCCCACAGAGACAUGAAGUUUUUUGAAAAGGCGCGAGCGCGUGGCUGGCUCUGCGAAGAGGUACUGACGGAGAGAUUUCCGCCAAUGUUUCCCGAAGACCCUGGCGCCGAGGAGGUGCGGUCGACCGUCCAUGGUUGGCGGCUCACGCGAGAGUAGCAGAACGGGUUGAUGCUACCCGGGUUUAGCUGUCAUGUGUGUACUUUGCUUUUCCUGUCUUCGCCACUCGAGCGUCGCCCAGAAAAUGUAGAUUUACCAUUGUGUAGCUUGGAGUGCAUUGGGGAACAAUCCACGGUCAUAUGCCGCGUGCCC